AUGCUUGCACCUCUGGAACGGCCCCUCUCGGACGAGGUGUGGCUCAGGAUCCUCGCCUACCUCCCCGCCUCGGACCUCGCCCACCUCCAGUCGGUCCACUCGACCUUUCUCCGGCUCGGCGUAGACGGGCUCCUGUGGAAGCGCCUCUACUACCGCGACUUUGUCCUUCCCUCGCUUCACCCCAGCGACCAUGGCCACCCACCUGUCGCCGCAACAAAAACCCCCACGCUCGCAGGCCUCCGCUCCCUCCUCUUACGUCAGCAUCUCGGCCACCUCAGCUCUCGCCACCCCAGCUCGAACAGCGACGGCAGACGCAUCCGAAGGCUACCCACCCGCUUCCACACCGACCGGACCACCCAGCCGACGACGACGGUCGGAACCGCACCCGCCCUGACCCAGGAGCAGGCCGACUCGUUCAUCAACGGCAGCCACCGCGAGACCCUCCGCAACGACGGCCUCGACUGGAAGGCCCUCUAUCAGGUCACGCUCAACUGGUCCACCGGCCGCUUCCGCGUCACUGAGCUCGACGUGCCCCCACACAGCGCAAACCUUCCUUGCAACCACCUCGCCGGGACAGAUACAGGCGCUUUGUCAGCGCUGGCACCGCCAUGUCUGGCUCCUCCAUCCUCUGUGGCCACCGAUGCCGCCCGGCAACAUCAUGCGACUGCAAUCACGCCCGACAAUCACCCGAGUGCCGCAGCUGCCAGCACGUCGACGCUAGUCGAGGCAUCGCCCAACCUCAUCUUUACCGCCAACCGCCGUGCGAGCGAGAGACCCACCCACUCGACCAUGGGCACCGUCGCCAGGGACCACCUCGGCGUCGACGUCUUUCUCGCACAUGGCCUGCUCGGUGACGCCCGACAGACGAGCGAGCCGCUUUCGGCUCAUCGCCGGCCGCACGACCCAACGCAGAACCGCCCACUUGCCACGCUCCUGCCUCCGUCGAUCCUCCUCGAACGCUGGUCUGCGAGUGGCGUCGAUAUCGCCGAGGUCGAGCUGGUCGAGAUGCGUCUCGAUGCCAGCGACAUGGGCCGAGACAUGGUCGACUCCGCUGCCGGGACCGCGAAGGGGAAGCGCAAGGCCAGCACCGAAGCGCACUCGGCCGGUGACCGCGAGGCAGCGAUGGCCCACGGUGUGAGGCUGCUGAUGGCCUACUCGACGGGCGACUUUUCCGUCGCCCGUGUGUGUGCCCGUCCGCAUCGCGGCAGCUUCCGGCUCGAGGUCUACGAGGAGCUCACCCACAUUCGAUCGCCCCGCACGGCCGACGCUCCGGGAAAGGGCUGCCGCAUCGUCGCAACCGCCUUUCAUUCUCCCGUCCUCGUCACCUGCACCGAGGACUUCGGCAUCGGCAUCUUUCGCAUCGUCGAAGCACCGUCGGGCGGCGCAGGCUGGUCUGCCGAGCUAGUACAGCACAUGUCGAGCUACCGCUCCUGCUGGCCGGCGUGCCUGCGCCUCAAGCCGCUGCCGUACUACGACGCCCGAAAGCGCCCGAGGCAGCAACAGCGCGGGCGCGCACCAGCUGCGCCUAGCAGCUCGAAGGGCGACGCGCCAGAAGACGAAAGGUCCGGCCACGACCGUGGCCCAGCUUUUCGCCUCACGAUCGCCUAUUCGACCCCGGCAUACCCCGCCUCGUGGACCAUCGGGGUGCAGGAAGUCGUGUUGUUCUUGCCCGCCGCUGCGAGCGGGCCCGCGUCGACCGCCGUCCGCAUCACGAGCCGGCACGCCACAGCAAAGCACGCCUACGCCUCGACGCCCAUCGAUCCGCGAGGAACCGACAUGUUUCGCCGCGUCCACGCACCCGACGGGCUACGCGACCGUCGCCUGCCCUGGAGCGACGCUCGCUCCAGGCCCGUCCGCGGACCGGAUCUGACGGCGCUGCGCCCACGCAGUCCCGCCCCUGCGGCGAAUCGCUUUACCAGCAUAUCGUACGACGACCCGUUUGUCGUCCUGGGUGCCGCCGACAACCUGCUCGAAGUUUUUGAGCUCGUCGGCGCCACGACGCACGUCCGCGAAGACGCCCUGGACGACGACGACGGCGACGGCGGUGGCGCCGCUCCUCUGCCGCGAGCCCGUCGUCCAGCCACGGCGACCUCGACGUCGACGCGCGGCACCCUGGCUCUGAUCCACCGGAGCGUGCUCCACGGCCACACAGGAAGCGUCCUCAGCGUUGCCCUCGAGGACGGCCGCUGCGUCAGCGGCAGCUCCGACGGCAGCGUCAUGGUAUGGAGCCUCGGCGAGCGCUUCGACGACGCCGACUCGAUCGCCAGCGUCUUGCUGCGUCGGACGCGGCGCGGCGCUUCCGAUCGGCGCCGGGUACGGCAGCAGGCGCGCUCCUCGGUCCAGGCCGGGUCUGAAAGGACGGCAUCGAGGGACCGCAGCGCACGCACAGACGAGAGCGGCAGCCAACGCGACGGCACAGACAACGGCGCCGACGUCGUGGCCAUGCGCCACAUUGUCACGCUGCGGGCGCACCCGUCGGCAGCCACGCUCCAGCCCAUAUUCGAGGGCGACGACGAAGCGCAAGAGGAGGAGGAUGGGAUCGCGGGCGAGCAGCCGAUCGACAGAGGCGGAUCCGGCGACGCGCCCGCGUCUCCACCAUCGCCGCACCGCUUCGCACCAAGCCACACCUCGACCGGGCCAGCCACCGCCGCCGCCUCGCUUGGCCAGAUCCUCGCCGAGGCCCAGCGCACGUCGUCGGCCACGACGCCGCAGACGGCCAUACGCUGGGUUUCGACCGCGUUCGACAAGAUUGUCUCGGUCAUGUCGACCGUGCCAUCCACCAGCAGCGGCGAAACCCGCGACCAGACAACGUCGGCGCGCGACGAACGGGUGCAGAUCUGGGACUUUGCUCGGUGA